AUGUCGGAGACGAGGAGCCGUAGAGGGUCCUCUGGUGCUGGCCGCCGGGGCCAUCCCCGCUGUCGCAGCGCCCGAGCGGGACUUCUGUUUUCGGUUGGGCAGAUUGAGCGCAGUCUACGGGAACGCCACUACGCUCAGAGCCUGAGUCACAACGCGCCCGUCUACCUCACUGCGGUGAUGGAGUAUCUGACGACCCAGAUCCUGGAGCUGGCGGCCAAGGAGGCCCAAAACAACGGAGAGAGGACCAUCACUCCACGCCUGCUGGACAUGGCCGUUCACAGUAACGAGUUGCUGAGCACCCUCUUUCACACAACAAUCAUCUCUCAGGUGGCUCCCGGCCCGAACUAG